CUAAACCGGAAGUAAACGUUGUAGACCCGGAAACACAUCGUAGCACAGGGGGUUGUUUCUUUCAGAGGAACCCGCACACGAUCGGCUGACAUGGCUAACAGGACCGUGAAAGACGCCAACAGCAUCCAUGGCACCAACCCUCAGUAUCUGGUGGAGAAGAUCAUUAGGACUCGGAUCUACGAGUCGAAGUACUGGAAGGAGGAGUGCUUCGGCCUGACCGCCGAGCUGGUGGUGGACAAGGCCAUGGAGCUGAAGUUCGUCGGAGGGGUUUACGGAGGGAACAUCAAACCCACCCCCUUCCUCUGCCUCACGCUGAAGAUGCUACAGAUCCAACCAGAGAAAGACAUCAUCGUGGAGUUCAUCAAGAACGAGGAUUUCAAAUACGUCCGCCUGCUUGGAGCCAUGUACAUGAGGCUGACGGGCACCUCGGUGGAUUGUUACAAAUACCUGGAGCCUCUAUACAACGACUACAGGAAAAUCAAGAGUCAGAACCGGAAUGGAGAGUUUGAGGUGAUGCACGUGGACGAGUUCAUCGACGAACUCCUUCACGCGGAGAGGAUGUGUGACAUCAUCCUGCCCAGGCUGCAGAAACGGCAGGUCCUUGAGGAGGCCGAACUCUUGGACACGCGCAUCAGUGCCCUGGAGGAAGACCUGGAUGAGGUGGAGAGCAGCGACGAGGAAGACGAGGAGGAGGAAAAGCCGGAGAGGAUACCCACCCCUGAGGCUCACAGACGGAGUUACCGUGACAACGACAGGCCCCGCCGCUCCCCCUCACCGCGCUACCGACGCAGCCGCUCGCCCAGACGGAGGAGCCGGUCCCCCAAGAGGAGAAGCCCGUCCCCGAGGAGAGAGCGCAGGGAGCACCGCAGCAAGAGCCCCCCCCGGAGGCACCGGAGCCGGUCCCGGGACCGCCGCCACCGCUCCAAGUCCCCUGGGCACCACAGAAGUCACAGACAUCGCAGUCACUCAAAGUCUCCAGAGAGGAGUUCAAAGAAAAGUCACAAGAAGAGCCGAAGAGGAAACGACUAGUCCAUUCUGUCUUUCUACGUAUUAUUUUAAUUUAGCGUGUUCUGUGUCUUUUUUCAUUCUUAUUGAGACUUCAAAAUAAAAGCGGAAAAUGCCAUUCCAAAA